AUGUUUGUUGGCUUACAAGAACACCGGCACGGCAUGGACAGACUGCCUCCGCCAAGCAGCCUCACUCAAGCCCGCAACGACGACGUCCCCAGAGUUCUCCCAAGUCUCUCCUCCUCCUUUGGCUACGACGACAGAAUGGACGUCGAUGUCCGCUACGACUCGAAGCAGCAGCCCCCGUCAACGGGUCAGCGUCACGAAGUGGAAGUCGCAACCACACUCGCCUCCAUGGCAUCUUUCAACCUCAAGUCACCCACGCUCCCCUCGCCCACACAAAGCUUCUCAUCCGUAAAGUCAGAAGAUAUGACGAGAUCAACAAAUUCUCAGUUCUCCUCGCCUGAACCAAGAUCGCCAGAUCUCCUUCCGUCGGUCUCCUCUCAGCUCUCCUUCACGUCCAAAGACGGCAGUUUCUCGUCCUCGGCCAACGCCCAAAUCACCCUCCCACGCCUCCGCGAACUCGACCUCCGCCUCCCGGACCCGGAAUUCGCCCCUCAACCGCCAAACUCAGCAACCUUCAUGACCCCCUUGACGGGUCCCCGUAGGACCUCCCUCGAGUCCACCAACUCCUUUCCAGAUUCCCGCAUCGACAUCCCCAGCCCAACCGCCUACCGCAUGCCCAUCCCGCCUAUGGCCUACCCAGACGCCCUCCCCUCCCCAACAACAAGCCAGCACCAGCAUCACCGCCACCCCCUCUCGCCCCCUAUCGUCGGCCGUCGCCUCACGAACCGCCUCCCCGUGAUUCUCCGCACCGGCGGCUCCUCUCCCUCCCGCCGCCCCCGCCGCUCUCCCACCGGCUCCCGCUGCAACGUAAAAUACACCAUCCAGCAGGUUGACUUCAUCGACUACUUCCGCGUCGACCACCACCUCUCCUGGAAGGAGGUCGAGGCCAAGUACGCCUCCGUCUUCCCCGAGGACGCCGCAAAGGGCCACAAGCGCGGGCCCCAGGGGCUCCAGGGCGUCUACUACCGCAAGAACAAGCAGAUCCCCGCCACGGACCAGAACAACCUCUUCGUCUUCGACGAGGACGACAACCCGCGCACCUUCCAGUGCGACGUCCGCGAGCAGGGCAAGAAGAUGAACAACUCCAUCGGCCUGCUCGCCAUGCAUCCCGAGCGCGCCAUCACCUACUCCUGGGUCUCGGAGGAGCACAAGAGGCAGUACGAGAAAGUUGGUCGUGCGAGACAAGCCCAGCUCGACGCCGCAGAGCAACGCAAGAAGCGCAGGCGAGCCAUCCAAAACAGCCGUCUCUAG